AUGGAUAUGAAGAGCCCGACCCCUUCAAUGACGGGUUCCAAGUCUGCGGGUACCUCUGUGGUAGAAGCGCCCGCCUUGCUCUUUGAUGAAAUUCCAAGAGAGGAGCGUGCCGGCGUUGAGAAAAUCAAUGUUUCCGAAACAUCUUCCGAAUACCCUCCUCCAGACCUGUCAAUGGGGAGAAAGUGGCUCCUAGCAAUAUGUAUGACUCUAACCACAGUGAUCACCUCAGCCAGUAAUGGGGCAUCAAACAUCAACAUCCCCGCCGCCGCUGCUGAUCUCCAUACAUCCACAUUAGCGGCACAAUGGAUAGCCUCCUCGUACUCUCUGGCUUAUGGCUGUGGUCUUUUAGUCUCUGGUAGACUGGCAGACGUGUACGGAAGGAAACGUCUUUAUCUCAUGGGGUUAGGUUUGUUUGCCAUCUUUUCAGUAAUUUCCGGUGUAGUAAGGGAUCGAGUUGCCAUUUGCGUUUUCCGAGCGCUGUCCGGUUUAGGAGCUAGUAUUGCCCUACCCGCCGCAUUUGGAAUAGUGGGGACUACUCUUUCUACGGAACCAUGGAGAACAAGAGCGUAUGCUGCUGUCGCAUUAGGAUACCCUAUAGGAGCAGGACCGGGACAAAUCAUUGGGGCUGCUAUUGCCGAACGAGGGGGACGAGCAUGGCAAUACCAAUUCCUUGCCUUUGCCGGUGGCGCCGUCAUUCCCAUGGCACUAGGCUGCUUCAUCAUCCCAUUGGAACCUCCAAGAUCUCAGGCGGGAGAAAGAGGGAAGAUAGACUGGAUUGGAGCUACCAUACUGGUAACUUCCCUUGGGGGGUUGAUGUUUUCUAUAACCCAAGGCGGACUUAUUCCCCGAGGAUGGAAGGAACCCUAUCUGGGGAUCUUCACUCGUCAUGAGAGGAAGGUUUCCUAUCUUCUUCUCUCCACUGUUUCGGCAUACACAGCUGUUGGGGGAUGGCCUUACAUGACUGCAAUAUGGUACCAAGAUGUCAAAGGAGAGAGCCCGAUGCUGAAUGCCCUACAUGUCCUGACCGCUCCUGUUGUAGGGGCCUUGGCUUGUAUCUUGGUGCCCAUCUUGGCUCCAAGAGUCAGAGCACCAUGGCUGCUCAUGUUCGGAGCAUUCUCCACUAGUGCUGCGUGCUGGCUAUACGCUGUUGAGCCUCGAGAACUGACAUACUGGGCGAUGGAAUGGCCCGCUAACAUUUUCAACCCCUUUGGCGCAGAUUUUACUGUUGGAAUAGGUUCCGUCCUCAUGUCAAACCUCGUUUCCAAGGAAGAACAAUCUUUAGCCGGUGCAUUAUUCCAGACCGCCCUUCAACUGUCAAUUACACUUGGUGUCUGUUUAUCAUCUCUGGUGCAGACAGAGGUCUUGAAUCAUACCGGGGAUUUCAGGAUUGCAGUGAAGGAUGGUUUCUGGUUACUGGCGGGUUGCGCCUGGGCAUCUUGUUUCUUCACCUUUGUCUUCAUGAGGCAAGUGCACUUGGCUAAGGAUGUCGGAGGGACAUCUUGA